AUGGAUUUCUUCAACUCUAGAGAAUUCUCCUUAAAAACAAGGAUCCUCAUCAGGAAAUAUCAUGUCCCUGGUCUGGCCAUCGCCAUUGUUCACAAUGACACCACGGCCUCCAAGGCCUUCGGGAUGGCCUCCUUCGACCCCCCGAAGCCAAUGACCGCCGAUACUCUUCUUGACAUCGCCUCUGCUUCCAAGUCUCUUACCGCUGCCUCCGUUGCGCUGCUGGUGAAUGACGAAAAUUACCCCGACGUCACAUAUGAAGCCGAGAUGGCCACAUUAUUGCCUGACGACUUUGUCAUGCCCGGCCAAGGCUGUUAUCAAGGCGUGACCGUCGAAGACAUCCUCAGUCACCGGAGCGGAAUGGCCUCCCAUGACAAUUCAUACUUGGGAGUCAGGUCCAACAACCCCGACACCGCCCAAUCCGUGACGCGAAAUCUCAGGAAUCUGGCCCCUGCAGCUCCAAUCCGCUCCAAGUUCAUCUACUCCAACAUCAUGUUCGCCGUCGCCUCAUAUCUCGUCGAGAAGAAAACAGGCCUCACCUUCGCCAACUUUCUCCAGAAGCACUUCUUCCGGCCUCUCCGCAUGAUCUCGAGCACCCUUCAGCCAGGAGGCGCCAGGAACAGAGGCCUCGGGUAUCGCAUUUCCCCCGGACACUGGUGGGAUCACAAGACCAACAAGUACUCAACAUUCAUGACUCCGGAUUUCCCCGAGGCGCAAGGCGCAGGCUCAAUCGUAACCAGCGUCAACGACUACAUCAAGUACGUCAAGGCCUUGAUGAACCAGGAGGAGCCGUUUACGGAAGACGUGUACGAGGGGCUCAUCAGGCCACGAAUAAUCAUCAGCCCCGACGAGGCUCCCAGGCCCUUUUCAUCGCCCCCCUUGUACGCAACCGGGUGGGAAGUCCACCACUACCGAGGCCACAUGUUCAUCAUCCACGACGGAUGCAUAUCCGGCUCCUCGAGCAGCCACUUCUUUGUACCCGACUUCAAGUUCGGAGCCGUCAUCAUGUGCAAUUCCGACAGCGGGAGCCUCGUUGCCGACAUCUUGGUGCAGACGUUCCUCGACGAGCUUCUCAGCGUGCCCCAAGACCAAAGAGUCGACUGGGACGAGGUGCUGUACGAGAUGUCGCCGGAGAAAAAGGUUCACGACGAAGAGGAGCAAAUCGAGGAAGAGCGGCAGAGGCUGUGCCCCGGCAUCAAAGUGCCAGAGCCUCAAACUAUGCCCCUGGACGCAUAUACGGGCGAGUACCGCAAUCCGGGCUGGGGUCGCCUCGCGGUCCAGGUCAAGCGCGACGCCUUGUUCAUUGACUGCACGGAUCGGUCUUAUGUCUUCACCCUCAACUUUCAGCACGUGUCGGGGCAGGACAAGUAUAUUGUUCUUUACAGGGAAGUUACACAGGGUCCUAGCGUGCCGCUGAGGGCAGAAUUCACGUUGGAGAAUGACGUUGCCACCCGACUGGGCAUCGCUUUCGAUGAGGACCUGGACGAUUAUAUCUGGUUCGACAAGGUAGACGAUGUAGGGGGGGAGAGUUUGAUGUCUCACCCCAAGGUCACUCCGGCAUAA